AUGAUUUUACUUUCCCACUAUAACAUCAUUCUGUUGGGCCUAAUUCUUUUUUUUGUUUCACUGUACAAAUCCAAAGUAUUAAAAAGUUCAAAAUAUCCUCAUUACAAUAAAGUGCUUGCAACCGCUUACCAUGGCAGAAAUGUAAAUCAUUUGUUUCAACAUGACAAAAGAAAAAACCAUUUAACCCAUAAGCUAUUCUUUUUAAAAAAAGAAAAAAAUGAUUCCUACUUUAAAGGGAUAAAUAACUUUAAAAGUUUCUUAAAAGGUCUUUUUGUCGUAAAUGAAAUUUGCAAAGAUGGCAACGAGAUGUUAAUACAAGAAGAAGGAGAAGAAGAAGACGGGGCAGGACGCACACAAAUGGGAAGCGUAAGCAUGCUGGGGAUCACUCUUGGGAAGCUCAUGUAUCCUCCGCACGAUGUGCAAAGGUUUGUUAGAUGCUACCUCUUUCCUUCUCGCGAUGGAGGUAGAAGCAUCAGCAGCAUUUACACACCUAGCGAAAUGCCAAAUGAGACGCAUAGAGAAAGGCCAAAUGAGAUGCAUAGAGAAAGGCCAAAUGAGAAGCAUGGAGAAAGCCCAAAUGCUGAAAUGGAAAGAUGUGUGGACACACGAAAAACCCCAUGCUUUGUCAAACAAGACGUGGAUAAAGGAACUCUUGGCUUGGACAUGUCUGUAAAAAUCGCGAGAUAUAUCAACCGACAACUAAUGCAUUUAACGAACGAACUUAUAAGCAUGCAAAAAUAUUUUGAGAGGAAAAGAGAGGAAGAAAUGUCAAGACAAAGCAACAGUGAGAAUGGAAAGAUGAACAAUUGUGUAAGGUGGAAUUAUUAUAUAAAUAAGAAAGAAAAUCCUUUAAAAUGUUUUGUAUAUUUAAAUGUACCAGAGGGAACAGUUAUGUUAAAACCAGAAAAAGUCGAUGACAACAAGAAUUUUUUAAUUUCAAUUAAUGCAUUAAAUGAUAUUAGAAGAAACAACAAAGAAAUAUUAAAAAAUAUUUAUUUCAAAAAAUAUGAAAUAACAUUUGACCAUAUAUACAGAAAUAGCAAUUUCAUAACUUUAUUAGUUAAUAAAUUUAUUGACCAUCCAUAUCUUAUUAAUUCAAUAUCCUUUCUUUCACUGACAUCAUCUUUUUAUCUGUUAAGUGAUGUGUUCUGUCAAGGAGUUCUACAUCUAUUAAGUAGCGAAAUAAUUUGGAACCCAUUUAUCUACAACAUUUGGUGUAACAUACACCACACAACCUUACCACUGAAAUUGUAUCUAGUCAAACAAACAUGUUCCUAUGGAAGAAUAGCAUUCGACUUUUUAGUAAAUUAUAUGAGAUCCAAGUUAAUUAAAUUAGAAACUUCAUUAAUAAAUUCUUCAUUGAAACAAAAAGUAAAUUUAGAUAAUUACGAGGAAAAUAGAUAUGAUGAUAAAAACUUUACCAUUUCUACACAUUGUGAUAUUUCGGAUGAGGACGAACAGGAUUUUAUGUACAUUUGA